AUGCCUCUCAUCAACGAAUGGCAUGCAUCGCUGCCGUACAUCGACGGAGAACCAGGAGAGCAGGCUCGCGCAACAGCCCAGAAGCUUAUAUCCGCAGAGCUGUCUCCAGAACACAGCUCGACCCUCCAUCCAGCCAUUCCAGCGUUACCUGGAUCUCGCUUUUCACCGCUCAUUGAACAAGAGCUCGCUCGGAAAGAAGCUGGUCUCCCACUAACGGGUGGGAUCGACCUGUCCCGCUACGAAGCGCCAGAAGCGCCCGAGGGUCCCUCCAACACAGAAGACGAAGCCUCCAAAGCAUUGCAAGAAUGGAAGGCCACUUUGCGCAAAGCGUACAUAUCAAGCUCGCAUCUGUCCAUGCGCCACAACAACCUUACCCUUCUUGAAGAACAUGGCAAGAAUGCAUGGCUCAUCGGCAAUUCCCAGUUGGAGGACAUCUUGCGUGAUGUCGAGAAGGAGUUGGCGGAUACUAAGCAGGCUGUUGAAAACGUUCAUAAAGACAGGAAGCUUGCUCAAGAGGCUGGGCAUGGGGAACUUGCCGGUCUGGAAGAUACGUGGAGACGCGGCGUCGGCUCUGUACUCGAUGUCGAGGUUGCUGCGGAGAAUUUGAGAAUGCAGAUCCUCGACCAGCGUCGUCAACAAGCCCAGCAAUCCGCUCGGUAA